CGCACAUGUACAUCAUCACGUCACGUCACUCUGCAGCCCCCACCGUUAUUGACCGGUUCGUCCCCCAAAUUGUAUCACCAUGAACCUUGGAAUGCAGAGGUGUGCCUAAAAAGCAGCCUGGACACCAUGAGCCGUAAGUUUUGUUCGUUAUAAAGGCAUGUGCCUUACGCUACGAGACUACCUAGGUAUGCACCUUUACUCAGGCACGACUGUCAUGUUUCGCAUCUCCCUUCGAAACCGGCUUUCGACCACGCAAUUGCGAAUUGCUCUCCAAUAUGCCGUCGCACCGCCCGGGUCUGCGUUCAGUUGAGAGUCAACUGCCAUCGUUCCAUGGAUGCCUCUCGAAAUCACGUCGUAUUCUUGCCGUGUGCGGAGCAGGGUUAUCAGCCUCAUCUGGCCUGCCAACCUUUCGUGGGGCUGGAGGCUUAUGGCGAACUCACGUCUCGCAAGAGCUUGCUACUCCAGGAGCGUUCCGCCGAGAUCCGGGCCUAGUUUGGCAAUUCUAUUCCUACCGGCGCCAUGUGGCUCUCAAUGUUGAGCCCAACCCUGCCCAUUACGCGCUUGCAGAGCUCGCUCGACGGGUGCCCGGAUUCCUUGCCCUGACGCAGAACGUCGACGGAUUGAGUCCACGCGCAGGACAUCCGGAGGCCUCGCUACUUCUGCUUCACGGUAGCUUAUUCGAUGUUGCGUGUACCCAUAUUGCUUGUGGAUACAGAGGGGUGGACUACGUCGAUCCAAUUGUGCCCUCUCUUGCCAUCCCUCGUGGCGGACAAGAUCCGACUAGCAUCGAAUCUCGCAAAGCGCAUGCAGGACAGACCCACGACAAUGAGCAGCUCGUAGAACUCGACAUCAGUCGAGAAGACGUUCACCUACCGUCUGUGGCCUUGGAAGAUCUCCCUGCUUGUCCCAAAUGUCGCACGUAUCUGCUCAGACCUGGAGUAGUAUGGUUCGGCGAGAGCUUGCCGGAGGAUGUCCUUAACGCCGCCGAUGCAUAUGUUGAAAGUGGGGAACCCAUCGACAUCGUAAUGGUCAUUGGAACAUCAGCUCGAGUCUGGCCAGCAGCAGGUUACAUUGACGAGGCAAGAGCUAAGGGCGCUAGAGUGUGCAUUAUCAACAUGGAUGCGGACGAUACACCAGCGGCUGGCUGGAGCAAGCGCGAUUGGUUCUUCGUUGGCGAUGCUGCCGAGCUCAUGCCGAAACUUCUGUCACCCAUCAUUGGAGAAGUUCCAGCUCAACAAUAGGCGGGCGUAUCCCGCAAUCAGACUGAAUGCGUUGAUGGAUUUCGAUAGAAGCGAGCGAUUUUCGAAGGAUCUUGGGACCACUCUGCGCUUGCACGAAAUCACCAUUUGACAACAUUAUCGGAACAUGUAGAGAGAAUGUGACAGGGAGCGCGGCAGAGUGCGUCGUGGAUGUAUCGUACUCGUGCAUUCCGAUCGGAAGGCGGCUCAAGAUCAGUCGAGGUCCCACGAUUGCGGACCGAGCCGGGCUUAGAAAUGUCCACGAAUUCAUGCACCGCCGUGACCGUCAGCGAACUUGUCGUUGCUCAUUGUAACCCAACAGAUGUCGUGGCUCUGCUUGAUCGCGUGAACAUGUGCUAUUCCAUGACACACGACUUGUCUCAGGCUUUUGCCCGAUGAACUACUCUCAAG